GAGAACACUUGCUGAGGGAAGGAAAUCUUCUAAUGUCGAUAUCCAGGCGAUGUAUCACUCGAUAUCUAAAUGUCGGGGUCUCGUACAGCAGCUCAAUAGAGCGGAAACCGAUCCUUUUUAUAAGAAUUUAAUAUUGCGAUUGGAGGAAACUUUAACAAAUCAAACGAAUAUUCUACAAGCAAAAAUUGAACAACUAAACGGCAAAAAGAUUCAAAUGACCCAAGGUGACCCACAACAAAGAGUAAGGCGUAAUGCUAUUGAAGACACGAUUAUUACAAAAGGAGGAAUCAAGUUUCAGGAUAUUGCAGGAUUAAAUGAUGCGAAAGAAGCUCUACGAGAAGCCAUCAUAAUUCCUUUAUUGUUCCCUCACCUGUUUACAGGGAGUAUAAAGCCCUGGAAGAGGAUCCUGCUGUACGGACCCCCCGGUACGGGAAAGUCCCGCCUGGCCCAGGCCGUCUCCUCGGAGAUCAAGUCCACCUUCUACUGCGUCUCUAGCUCCGAUCUUGUGUCCAGCUGGGUCGGAGAGAGUGAGAAGUUGAUUAAGGAAUUGUUUCAUCAUGCAACGAAACAAACGGGCCGGUCUGUGAUCUUUAUCGAUGAGAUAGACAGUAUCUGUAGACAGCGGAGUUCCCGAGAGGAGGAGUAUAGCCGGCGGAUCAAGACGGAACUGCUGAAACAGAUGGAGGGGGCGGACACGGCGCACCUGUCCGACAAGAUCUUCCUCCUGUGUGCCACCAACUGUCCCUGGGAACUCGACUCUGCCUUCCUAAGGAGAUUCCAGAAACGAAUUUUUAUUCCGCUCCCGGAUAAGAAAGCUCGCAUCGAGUUGAUGAAAAUCCACACCAAGGACAACAAGAUUGUGAUGUCUGAAGAAGACUGGACGGUGCUGGGGGAGCAGACAGAGGGCUAUUCCGGAAGUGACCUCGCCAAUCUGACCUUGGAGUCGCUGUUCUGUCCAAUCAGAGAGCUUCAGACAUCCAAAAAAUGGAAACAGAAAGAUGAUCAGUUUGUUCCGUGUAAGGAGGAUGAAGACGCAGAUCUGAAGGCUUCCAUCGUGGAGAUACCCGCGGACAAGGUUCGUCCGCGUGAGGUUACACUCAACGACUUUCUGUCCGCUUUGAAAACGCAUAGAAAAACAGUUACCCAGGAGGAGAUACAAAAGUUUGAAAAUUUCACGAAGUCAAUGGGCGAACAAGGAUAAGCCAGUCAUCGUGCUUUGAGUUAAAGAAUAAAGGAGUUCACAAAUUAUAGAUCUGCUUUGAUAAAAAACACAAUGAAAUCAUUGUCAUUAAUAAUUAGUCUUUUUGGAAAUGAAGUCGAGUGCAGUAUAUGUCAUAAAAGGAAAGACUCAGACAAAAAUGAUGUUAA